AUGUCUCUUUUCGCCAAAAGGGCCGUUGCCGGCAGCAGCCGUGCCAUCACUUCCACCAACAAGGGUGCUCUCUUUGCUACCAGAGCAGCUCGUGCUUACUCUACCCCCGCUGAGAGUGCCGGUGUUUCUUUCGGUCUCAGCGAGGAUCAGGAGGCCUAUCGUGACCUUGCCCGCAAAUUUGCUCGCGAAGAAAUUAUCCCCAACGCUCGCCACCACGAUCAAACCAUGGAAUACCCCACCGAGAUCAUCAAGAAGGCCUGGAAUGUUGGUCUUAUGAACACGCACAUCCCCGAAGAGUAUGGUGGACCCGGUCUCGGCCUGAUGGAGUGCGCACUCAUCUCCGAAGAACUUGCAUUUGGUUGUUCCGGUAUUCAGACGGCUCUCGAAGCCAAUGGACUCGCUGAAGCCCCCCUCAUCGUUGCAGCCUCGCACGAGAUUAAGCAGAAAUAUCUCGGUCGAAUGACCGAAGAGCCUCUUAUGGCAGCCUACUGUGUCACUGAACCUGGUGCGGGUUCGGACGUCGCCAACAUCGCCACCAAGGCUGAGAAGCAGGGCGACAAGUGGGUCAUCAACGGCAGCAAGAUGUGGAUCACCAACGGUGGCAAGGCUAACUGGUACUUCGUCCUCGCCAAGACCGACCCUAGCGCCAAGGCCGCUAAAUCUAUGACUGGUUUCGUCGUCGACGCCAACACUUCCGGCAUUCACAUCGGCAAGAAAGAAAUCAACAUGGGUCAGCGCUGCUCCGAUACACGUCAGAUCACUUUCGAAAACGUCGUCGUUCCCGAGGAGAACGUUCUGGCCAAGCCCGGUGACGGAUUCCGUAUCGCUAUGGCCGCUUUUGACAUCACCAGACCGUUGGUUGCUGCAGGCGCUGUCGGUCUCGCACAGCGAGCCCUGCACGAAGCCGCGAUGUACGCUCAAGAUCGCAAGACCAUGGGCAAAGCCAUUAUCGACCACCAAGCAAUUGCCUUCCUCCUCGCUGACAUGCAGAUGAACGUCGAGGCCGCUCGUAACCUUGUCUGGAAGUCUUCCUGGGCCAAGGACGUCGGUCAGCGCAACUCCUUCUGGGCCUCGAUGGCCAAAUGUCGUGCCGGUGAGGCCGCCAACUUCAACGCCGAUGCUGCUGUCCAGAUCUUUGGUGGUCUUGGUUUCAACACCGAGUCUCCCGUCGAGAAGCUCUACCGUGACGCUCGUAUCUUCCGUCUCUACGAGGGUACUGAUCAAAUCCAGCGUCUCAUUAUCUCGAGACACGUCAAGGAACUCUUCGCCCAGUAA